CUUUGUCACAACAAUAAUACGAGCCAUUAUUUGCAGUUGUUGAGAAGAAAAUGCUGAAGACACUUGGCAAAUCGGAUGCACAGCAUCAGAAUCUGCUCUGGGAGGACAAACAGGUGAAGUUCGACAGCCCGCAACACCACACGCGACUUCGCAGCGGCGAGAAGUUGUUGGACACUAUUUACCACAUCGAGGACAGUAAGGGUAAUCCAGGUGACACCGGCAAGCUGCUGGUUACGAAUCUACGCAUCAUUUGGCAUUCGCUCGUUCACAAGAAGUUUAAUCUGUCUAUUGGUUAUGCUAGGAUUGGCAACACGAACACUCGCCUAGUGCACAUGCACACCAAGGGACGCAUGCCCAGCCAGGCUCUGUAUAUUCUGGCAUUAAGCAAUGAGACGCGGUUCGAGUUUCUCUUCACCGAUGUCUCUGGCGAGACGGCAAGGCGCGAUCAGCCCAUCUUCGCCAGCGUUUUCGAUGUGCAUCUAUUAUAUCAGCGCACAUUUCUGUAUCGAGAUCUGAAGCUGCGCGGAGCCAUUGUGCAGGCGGGUCAGCUCAUUAUAUUGCCGGAUGAGCAGGUUUAUAGCCAAGUGCAGGGCGUGUGGAACCUCUCCAGUGAUCAGGGCAACCUCGGUUGCUUUGUAGUCACCAAUGUCCGUCUUGUGUGGUAUGCGGAUGCCAACGAAACGUUCAACAUAAGUCUGCCAUAUUUGCAGAUUGAUAGCGUGCGCAUUCGCGAGUCCAAGUAUGGUCCGGCCUUGGUCAUUCAGACUGCAGAGACUGGAGGCGGUUAUGUGUUGGGCUUUCGCAUUGAUCCCGUCGAGCGGCUGAACGAGCUCUUCAAGGAGCUCUGCUCGCUGCACACCAUCUACACGGAGCAACCGAACUUUGGCAUCAACUAUGAUCCACAUGAUGCACGACAACGCGUUGCCGCCGCCGCCGAGGAGGCGGCUCAGGCGACACAGUUCAAGAUUGACGAUUACCAGGAAAUGGAUGAGCGUCAAGAGCGUGAAAUCAACACGAAAUUAAACAACUACCUAGCUGAUGGCUGUCUGGGCGUCUUGGCCAGCGACAGCGAGCCAACUCGAGAGCCAAUCUAUUGCAAGGAACUUGGCUUUGCUAUGGAGCGUAUUCCCGAUGGCUACAAACUACAGGAUUUGUGGCAAGUCUUGCCAACCAAAAUGGCCACUUACGAUGAGUAAAUAAAGGAGAAUCCUCAUUGUGCUUGAUAAAUGCUACCUAAAUAGUUGAAUCAGGUGUAGAUUGUUUUCAAGAAGCUAUGCUAAUGUUUUGUAUAUUUACAGUAAUCAGUUUCGAAGUCGAAAAUUGUAAAAUAGACUAUUUAAAUAUUUGCAUAUUGCUGCACAAUAAAUCUAAUUACUUUA